AUGUCAGGCCCGGACGGGACAGAGAUCGCGCCACCGCCUCAGAACAUUGCGAUAUCAGACGGUACUAAGGCGCCGCCUCGUAAACGAAGGCGCAUCGUCAUAAGCUGCACAGAAUGCCACCGGCGCAAGCAGAAGUGCGACCGACAGAUGCCAUGUACGAACUGCCAAACGCGAAAUAAGUCAUCAGCCUGUCACUAUGAGACAGGCACACCGGUUCCGAAAGUCGACCGACGAGACUCGUCAAAUAGCUCUGGCCAGGAUCGCCCACCGGAGGCCUCUGACCCGGCCGUACCUGUCAAGGCUGCGGAUUUCGGCUACUCUCACAAUGGCGUCUCAACUCUCGGCAUAUUGCGAAGAAUAGAAGGCGCUGGAGAGCCACUGGCAGGCAUGCCAGGCGAGGGCAAUAUCGACGACGGGUUCGGUCUAUGUGAGCGGUACAAGACGUUGAUUCGCCAGCUGCCGGCAAGGGAAUAUAUCGACAAGCUGGCCAAUAUAUAUUUCCACGAUAUCAAUUGGCAAUACUUCGGCGUCGAUGAACCGCUCUUCCGAGCACUCAUGGACCUAUGGUACAACUUGCCCUUCCAGACUUUGUCGAGAUCGGGCCCGCAGGCUUUAGAUCCAAUGCUCAGGGCGUUCCCGGCGCUCCUGUUCCAGAUGCUAGCUUCAUCUCUUCUGUACCUUCCAGAUGGCUCAGGCCCGACGUUCGAGUCGUUGAAGUACACAAGCCAGAUGACGUUUGAUGAUUUGGCUUAUGAUUAUAGCGAGUCCGGCAACGCUAUACUGUCACUUUUGGGGAAGCGCCAGAUGUCCAUAAUCACCGUCUUGGCAGGUUGGGUCAGAGCUGCCUACCUUAAGGUGACCGAGGCUUGGCAUCAGGUGGGAACCUGUAUACGGGAUGCGCAAGAGAUCGGUCUGCACCGGGAUCAGAUGGACCCUCAACCGACUGCGGAUGAUUCGACUGAAGAAGUCCUAGAGAAGAUGUGGAUGGCACAGCACCGGCGGACGAUAUGGCAGAUACUACUGACCUGGGACUUGCAUACAGGAGCCGUGUUGGGGAGACCAACAAGCGUGGACUUCCGUCCGAUGAAUCGAAGCCCGCCGCUGGAUGCCAUCAUUCCCAGGAACCCAAAAAGGGUGCCUCUGGUACCGCGUACCGAGAACGACCCGCCGACCCCCUUGACACGGGCUUUAUGGGCAUUCGAAGUCAUGAGACCUUUACGAGACAUCAUUGACUUGGAGAAAGAAGGCCCCUUCCCCAAGGACUUCUCCAAGGUUGAGAAAAUUCACCAGGACAUUCUGGAUCUGCAAGCGCGGACGCCACCGCCUUUUCGUCUCGAGAACCCCGACACUCGAUUCGAUCACCUACCUGAAUGCUGGUGGCUACCUGUUGUACGACCAAAUCUGCCACAAAUCCCUGCUUUCAAUAUGAUGGCCUUACAUCGUCCGUAUGUAUUCACUCGCCCCGACAGCAGGCGCGAGGCCCUUUUGGCCAGUAUACAGAUGUUGGAAUCACAAAGGCAGCAGUUUGCUGUGCUCCAGCCAGCGCAGCACAGGACAUUUGCCCUGUUCUUUGGCACUUUCGAUGCGAUAGUCAUGAUAGCGUCUAUCUACAUUCUGUUUCCUAAGGAGCAUCCAGAACUCCUGUCGAAAACACGCCAGCACUUCCAAUGGGCGGUGGAGCGCUUCGAGACCAUGGCGCGUCGUAAUCGCCUGGCACAAGCCGCAUUGGGUGUGUUGCAUGCGAUCUGGAUCCGCUUCAAAAAGGCAGUUAGCAAUGGUUUCCUGAGCCACCCAUCCGCGGCGCCAGAAACCACUUGUGCCAAAAGCAGUGAAACGGAAGCGGCUGGGUCUGAUACACAAACACCAAGUUCCCAGUCCGGGUUUUCUUCAUCCCAUCAGCCCAGCCUCGCUUCCGCGUCAGGUUCUUCAUCGAUAAUGCCCACGCCGGUUACAGAGCAGACCAACCCCAUUAGCCCCAGUACCGGCCUCACACCCGCGUCUGGUACGGAUAACCAAAACAACAUACUUUCGAACCAGGAAUGGUCAUUACCGCCCAACUUCGAUUUCAGUUCGAUAAUGCCGAUGUAUCCCAUGGGAGACCUGGCUUAUAACGACCUGACAGGUAUCUUUGGGGGAGCCGGAUCUGGGGCCUCCACAGGAGGUUGGUCUGAACCCGCGCCGGCCACUUCUCCGGCACUAGUGACGGGCGGAAUGCCGGCCUUGCAUACUGUGGCUCCCGGCCAGGAAGAGGUCCCUUGGCAAUUUGGCGGUGAAUUCGGGAGUGAUACCAUAUGGAACCUGCUGAAUCAAAUCCCGCCCAAUUAG